CGCGCACUCACACACACACACACACACACACACAAAGGCGCACACACACACUCACGGCUUCCCUUCUCGAGCGCAGUGACUUCAUUUCCCAAAUGUAGAGGGAGAAAAAAAAAAGCAAAACCCCAUCGGGUUAAAGUGUCUCCGUGUCUCCGAGGCUUGGAAGUCGUUCAGGCGCGUGUCAUGUGUGGGAUGUUGUCGGGUUCGGCUGGACUUUACACAAAAUGGACGGAACUAUUAAGGAGGCGCUUUCAGUGGUGAGCGAAGACCAGUCUCUGUUCGAGCCUCCCUACGCUGCUGCUGCCCCGCUACCCAAAACCGACAUGACAGCAUCCAGCACACAGGAUUACGGACAGCAACACAAGAUCAAUCCCAUCCCGCCUCAGCAGGAGUGGAUCAAUCAGCCCGGCCGCAUUAACGUAAAACGCGAAUACGACCACCUCAACGGAACCAGAGAAUCCCCGGUGGACUGCAGCGUGGGGAAAUGCAAUAAGCUGGUGAGCAGCUCAGACACGUCGCAGAUGGGUUACGGAGGCUACAUGGAUGAGAAGAGUGCCCCGCCCCCGAACAUGACCACCAACGAGAGGAGAGUCAUUGUUCCAGCAGAUCCUUCUCUGUGGUCCCCGGAUCAUGUACGGCAGUGGUUAGACUGGGCUGUAAAAGAGUAUGGCCUCCUAGAAAUCGACACAGCCAUGUUCCAAAACACAGAUGGCAAGGAACUGUGUAAGAUGAGCAAAGAGGAUUUCCUGAGACUGACCACUGUCUAUAAUGCUGAAGUCCUGCUCUCACAUCUUAAUUACCUCAGGGAAAGUAGCUCAUCACUAUCAUAUAAUACACCAUCUCACACUGACCAGUCUCCUCGUCUGGCUGCCAAAGAAGACGCCUCAUAUGAUGCUGUACGGAGGACAGGCUGGUCAAACAACAUGCACAGUGGUAAAGGCUCCCCUACCGUGGUCUCACAGAAUGUAUCUAAGAGCACUGAACAAACUCGGCCUCAGCCAGAUCCAUAUCAGAUCUUAGGACCGACAAGCAGUCGACUUGCCAACCCAGGCUCAGGCCAGAUCCAGCUGUGGCAGUUCCUCUUGGAGCUACUAUCCGACAGCGCCAACGCUGGCUGUAUCACGUGGGAAGGGACCAACGGCGAGUUCAAGAUGACCGACCCAGACGAGGUUGCACGGCGCUGGGGUGAGCGCAAAAGCAAGCCCAACAUGAACUAUGACAAGCUGAGCCGUGCGCUGCGCUACUACUACGACAAAAACAUCAUGACCAAGGUGCACGGCAAGCGAUACGCCUACAAGUUCGACUUCCACGGCAUCGCCCAGGCCCUGCAGCCUCACCCCACUGAGACUUCCAUGUACAAGUACCCGUCUGACUUGGCCUACGUGCCUCCUUACCACGCUCACCAACAGAAGGUCAAUUUCGUCUCACCGCAUCCACCUUCCAUGCCUGUCACUUCAUCCAAUUUUUUUGGCCCUUCUAACCCUUACUGGAGCUCCCCUACAGCAGGCAUCUACCCCAGUGCCAGUGUGCCAAGACAUCCCAACUCUCACAUGCCCUCCCACCUGGGCAGUUACUACUAAAUCCUAUGAGUUUGCUCUAGAAGCCACAUGCCAACCCCAAGCUGCACUCAGAAGGAAAGCAAAUUGAAAAAGAAGAGAAUGAAAAAGGAGAAAGCGUGACGAAAUUUGUAAAAUGAAGGAGAAUCAGGGCUACAUUCACUAAAGCAAGGAACUAGAUGAAGAAGGAAAAAAAGAAAGGGGAAAGAAUGAAGCAAAAACUGGAUGUUGCAUUGAUCCACUUCGAAAUGGAGUACUACUUAUUCACAGGACAAGUAACUGUUUGUUUUUUCGUCUGUUUGUCUAGAGUGUAUUUUUGUUUCCACAUGUUUUUGCAUCUUUGUAUCCCUGUAAACAUUAUGGGCCAAAGCAUUCCCUCGACACACACGCAUCUACCCAAUAUGGAUUCAAACUCUCACAAAUUCCACAAUGGUCUUGGUGUGCAAAUGUGAAAUGUCUCCAGUCCCACUAUUGGGGCAUAUCCAAUGCUAUGCUAGAGUUUGGACAAGCAUUAUAGCACAAAAAAAAAUCGAAAUGAAAUGACAAAUCAAGAAUAACUGUGACACUGUGACAACAUUCUCUCUGCUAAUACAGAUAAUAUUAACAUUCCAAUGCUUUCAGCAAAAUGGGGUCUGGUCAUCUAUCUAUUUUUUUCAUGGACUCCUCUAGAAACCCAUCUAAAAUAACAUCACAGGAGGGAUAUCUUGCAGCAAAAAAAAUUACAAAUAUGGCAACUGGAAUGUUCAGGUUCAGCCGUUUCUCUCUCUUUUCCUCCUAACUGGAAUUCUGACACAUUGGCCAUAGCUGAGGAAAACAAAUGUAGGUUUGCACAGAGUUUUGUCCAUGUCAGUCACCACAAUCGUAAACGAAACAUUCUCAGCAGGUCUCUAAUGCCAGGAAUAUUCUGUUGGCUAGCCAAGGUGUCAAUCACUACAAUCUCAAAUGUAACAUUCCUAUAAAGUAAGAAAGUCAAUAAAAGGCUGACAUUGAUUCCUAUGAAUUUCAGUGUAAUGUAUGUAGCACUCCACGGGCAAAAGAUGAGCACCAGCCAAAGGCUCGUGGUUGGUCUUGUGAAAACCAAUCAAACAUUGUAAAAGACUAACAUGCAGUAUUCAAAGCCAAAACCACGGAGUCAGUGCUGAUGUGAAAACUGCCCUUGAAGCAGACGAUAUAUUUGAGUCCACUUAGUGUUAAUUUCGAAAGCAGCCCAAAGUGGUUUUACUUUCACCGCUGUACCUCACUCUGUUUAUAAAGAUAGAUUUGUAUUUGUAUCCUAUUUGCCAGUAAAAAUUCAAUCAACUAUAGCUCAUCUCACAAAUGUUACUUAGUCAUCAUUACAUUAUUGUUAAGUGAUGUUCCUGAACACAGUAACUUUGUUUUUUUAAGUCAUUACCUGAAGCUACUUAAAUCACUGAACCAUUGAAUGUGGACAUUAUGCAAAGUACCUCUUUAAAAAAAAUAAAAAAUGAAUGAAUUAAACAAGUUAACAUUUAAAACAACACAAAAGGUUGAAACCAGUGUGAUCCUCAGAUUCGCGAACGCUGUGCGUUUGUCAGACCUAUUUGCUAUUAUUUUUUAAUCAACGGUCAAUCAACUAGGCAUUAAAAGCAUCUUACUGUAUAAAUUAUGCAGAGUUAUUUUCAUAUGUGACAGUAUUAAAAGAUCAAGAGAAUGAAUACGAGUUGACCUCGGUCAAAUGCAAACUUUUUUAAGCCGGUGUUGAAGGUAGUAUGUACAGCACUAGUGUUUUGUAUCUGUACAUUUGGGCAAUAAAUUUAUGAAUGUUUUUUUGUUUUGUUUUGUAAUGUGCUCUGUGCCUUGUCGUAAUGAGGUGAAAGUAUUUGAUUUUGUUUGUUUUUCUUCUUUUUUAAUGAUACCACAAAUGCCUUGUAGAAAAUCAUUUUGCUUUAUAGACCAGAACUGUAAUACUGUAAGUGCCAAAAUAAAAAUAUUUUGUUGCUAAAGCUUCAGAUCCCAAAGUCAACAUUCAAACGUGCCUCACAAAUGAUUGCAGGGUCUUAAAUUAGACAGGUUUGAUAUUCCCAAGCUUGAAUUUUCUUAUAUGUAGAAGUAGAGCAAUACACAGUUUAAAUAAAUGAAAGAAAAAAAAAAAGAAAUACCCAACCAAUUCUCUUUUCAAAAUAUCACUAUCUAAUGAAGGAAUUGUGCUAUUUCAUAUAUGCAAUGUAUUUUGAAUAUUAAAUAUAUGAAUUUAUAUAAAAUAUAUAUAUAUAAUUUUGCAAUUAUUCUUUUUUCUUUUUCCUUUCUUUUUUUUUUUUUUUUUUUUUUUUUUUACUUUUGUUGUUCCUGCAAUGUAUUAUUACCUUUUAUAAAAGGGCUAUGUAGAUAAAUGUGAUGAAAAAUAAAUGUUUUUACAUUUUAAACUA